AUGUGGGAACUUCGGCCGUUUUCUGCUGGAUCUGUUGGCAGCGUCGGCGGCAGGGAUGCCACACCCACGAGCUCCAGCAAUGAGGAGCCAACGGCUGGACCUGGCACCCGUGUUGAGGCGAUCAACCGGCUGCUCACCUCGAAGGCUCAGGCUUGGGAGUCAAAGCAAAGACGGCGGGAGUCCAGAUCUGGAGGCAGAACUCAAGGCCAAGCAGGCCAAGCCGGCCAAGGGCGGAAGGUCGGCAGCAUCAGCAGCAACCUGUCCUCUUCGGUUAUCCAAGAGACAGAGAUGGACUGGCAAAUGCGGCAGCAGAAGCGCGAAGCAAUCUCGGGAAGGUUUUGGGCACGCAUCGAUCGAUCCAAGUCCAAGGACACAAUCCCGGACGAGGACUCUACGAUUUUCCCCAAAAGUCUUCCAUCGAAGCAUUCUCAAAAGACAAAGAUGCGCUCUGGCCUGCAAGAUUUGCUCUUCGACGACGACCGGAAUCCCCUCAGCGAUGCGGAGUCGGCAGUCCACUCAGACUCCGGCGAGGACGACCUCGAUCUGGUAGCGGUCACCAUUGAGAAGGUGAAGUGCCGGCGCGUCGGCACUUCCAUGGGCCUUAGCCACUUCUUUGGUAGCACGACCAGAAACUCCGUCACAGGCCGCAUUGUCAUGAAGGAAGACAGGUAUUUGCCCGGCUUUCUGCUAGUGGACAUUUUUGGUCGGCGCCGGCUCGUCGGCAGCCCUCGGCAGCUGUGGGAGGAUCACUAUAUCUUCAGACCGUAUGUCAUGGCCAACCGGACCUGGAUAUAUCACAAGUUUGCGAAAGAUCCCUCCAAGCUGGCGACUGUCAAUGCCAAAGAUUCAAUGAACGGCAUGAUCAAAAAGAUCUUGGAGCUGCAGUGCGUGGAUGUCGACAUCAACAGCGGCCGACACUCACCGCUGAUGCUGUGGAUGGUGUGCAUCAGCUUUAUCGCUUGUACCGGCGAUGCUGUCCUUGUCAGCAUUUCGUUGGUUACAACUGCCCUGAUGUGCUUCGUGACGUACACCCACAACACGCCCGAGAAAUACAACUGGGUUCGGCUCUGGCUGCUGCCCUUGCGCCUGGUGGCUGCCACUGGCAUCGUGCUUCGUACCAUGGAGCUCACGCAGUUUGUCUCCGUCGUUGUGUUUUCGGCUAUGAGUCUUCUGACACUUGUCGUCGACUUUGUGUUUGGCGAUAUGUUCAUGCUUUGGUCCUAUCGUUUCGAGUGCAGCUACAAGGUGCUCGAUGAGCUUCCAGACCGUGUGUUUCUGUGCUCUCGUCGUGGAGCCGCACAUCUGGAUGAUGUCAUGGGUGCUCGCUUGGCGAUAUCCACGGAGGUGACAGGCAGUGCCUGGGAUCCGCGGUAUUCGCUGAUUGCCGACAUCAGGGGCCUUCUGUGCGAGCUUCGGCGGCCUCGCUUGGAGGAGCUCCAGGAGUUGAUAGAGACCUUCCAAGAGUCGCAAGAAGACUUCGGCUUCUUUUCCAUCAAGUGCUUCUCGAGCGAUCGGCCGAACUUCGCAGCAAUGGAGCCGGAUAUUCCAAUCCGAGAUCUGGAAAAAAUCAUCGAGGUUCACCGGAAGCAGUAUCCCUGGACCUGGAGCAUGAUCAGCAAGCCCGACUUGAAAUUUCCCGAACGCCGGGGAGCGGAGGUCCUGGAGUUUAAGAAGGCACUUCUGGCGCAGUAG